AUGGUGGAGGAAAAUAUGAAUCAAAAAUCAGAUCAAGGAAUAGCGGAGUCACAAAUAGUUCAGGAAACACAGGAGGCAGAUGAUUUGAGCCAAUGUAUUAAUGACAUAUCUACUGAAGCUGAUUUAUAUCCAAGGAGUGUGCAAAAACUAAAGCAAGCAACAAGUAAACAAAAGCCUACAAGGACUCACAAUAGAUUGAUUGAUCUAAAGAGGAGACAUCAUUAUUCUUUCGUUGGUUUAAUGGAAACAUUUCAAAAUCCUAUGGAGAUAGAAGAUUAUAGAAGGAAAAUAGGAUAUCCUAAUUGCAUGACUUUGUUGAUUACUGUGGUUUAUGCUAAAUGUGGCAGAAGAGAAAGGAAAGAAUUAUGGGAUUCCAUGAUAGCUACCAUAGAGGAUACUAUAAAGGUGCAAGAAUGGCAGUUUGAAAUGAAUCCUACAAGGGAGAACAAAAGUACUCUACAACAAGCACAAGCUGAACUCACUAGAUACCUGCAUUUGGAAGAAGAGUAUUGGAAACAAAAAGCAGGAAUGAAGUGGUUUAAUAAAGGAGAUAGAAACACAAAGUUCUUCCAUUCAUAUGUAAGAGGAACAAGACGUAAAUUAGCCCUUAAGAGGAUUCAGGAUCAGAAUGGAGUAUGUGUAGAAACAACAGCUGAAGUGGGAGAUGAGGCAAAAAUAGAGGAAUUACCAACAGAAGAGGAGGUCAAGGAAGCUGUAUUUUCUCUUAAUAGUGAGAGUGCUAGUGGUCCUGAUGGCUUCACAGGACUCUUUUAUCAAAAAUGUUGGGACACUAUUAAGGAGGAUGUGACCAUGAUGGUAAGAGCCUUUUUCUGUGGAUAUGAGAUCCCAAAGUUCAUUAGUCACAUUAAAUUCGUAUUAUUACCUAAAAAAAAGGUGAUUAAUACUUAUAGUGAUAUGAGGCCAACCAGUCUUAGUUCUUUUGCCAAAAAGGUGUUGUCUAAAGUUCUUCAUAACAGAAUAUCAGAAGUUCUUCCUAGGAUAAUUUCUUCCAAUCAAACAGGUAUUGUGAAUGGAAGGAUUAUUGUUGAGAAUGUCUUACUGGCACAAGAAGUCGUCAAAGAUAUCAAUAUAAGAGCAAGCAAUACUAAUGUGGUGAUCAAGCUUGACAUGGCAAAGGCAUAUGACAGGCUAUCUUGGAUCUUGUUAACUAGAGGGUUGAGGCAAUUUGGCUUUGGAGAAAUAAUCAUUGACAUGGUGUGGAGAUUGAUCUCAAACAACUGGUAUUCAGUGCUUAUCAAUGGUCAAAGUCAUGGUUUUUUCAGGUCAAGUAGACGAGUAAAACAAGGAGAUCCAUUGUCACCUACACUGUUUAUUAUAGCUGUUGAAGUGUUAUCUAGAAGUUUGAACAAAUUUCAUGAGAAACCAAAGUUUAUAAGUUAUAGUAUGCCUAAGUGGAGUCCUCAAAUAAAUCAUUUCUCCUAUGUUGAUGAUACACUACUGUUUUUCUCUGGAGAGAGAGAUAUUCUGUAA